UUCAUUAUUCCAAGACACGGCAAAAACCUUCUCUCUCUCUCCUCUCUCUCUCUCUCUCUGCUUAGCUGCUGAGUUGGUAAUGGAAUUGUGAUCAUCGUAGAGCGUGCGUUUAUCCAUGGCUGUGGAGAAGUUUUUACCGGUAGCUGCUUUUCUAGCUUUAAUACUGCUUCUCCGUCACGCUCCUUCUGUCAUUGCUGGGGACAUAGUUCACGAUGACGAUUCUACCCCCAAGAAGCCCGGUUGCGAGAACCAGUUCGUUCUGGUGAAAGUGCAGACAUGGGUCAAUGACAAAGAGGAUGAUGAAUUUGUUGGUGUGGGGGCUAGAUUUGGCACAACCAUUGUGUCCAAGGAGAAGAAUGCUAAGCACACUCGCCUUAUUCUUUCAGAUCCCCGAGAUUGUUGCAAUCCUCCAAAGAAUAAGAUUGCGGGAGAUGUCAUCAUGGUGGAUCGAGGGAACUGCACCUUCACAAAGAAAGCAAAAACUGCACAAACUGCUAAUGCUUCAGCUAUCCUUAUCAUAAAUAACCAAAAGGAACUUUACAAGAUGGUAUGCGAACCAGAUGAAACUGAUUUGAACAUACACAUACCCGCUGUCAUGCUCCCACGAGAUGCAGGUGCAAGGCUCGAAGAAAUGUUGACGAGUGCUUCAUCUGUGUCUGUCCAGCUAUAUUCACCACGUCGACCAGCUGUUGAUGUAGCAGAAGUAUUUCUUUGGCUACUAGCAGUUCUUACCAUAUUGUGUGCAUCAUAUUGGUCAGCAUGGAGGGUCCGAGAAGCAGCUGAUGAACACAACAAGCUGUUAAAGGAUGCUUCAGAUGAAGUCCCAGACACUAUAAACACAGGUGUUAGCAGAGUUGUAAACAUGAAUAUGAAGGCUGCAGUCCUUUUUGUUGUGCUAGCUUCAUGUUUCCUGUUUAUGAUUUACAAAUUGAUGUCGCCAUGGUUCAUUGAUAUUUUGGUUGUUCUCUUCUGUAUUGGUGGGAUUGAGGGCUUGCAAACUUGCUUGGUUGCUCUUUUGUCAAGGUGGUUCAAGCAUGCUGCCAAGACAUACAUUAAAAUACCUUUCUUUGGAGCUAUCUCAUACCUGACUUUGGCUGUUUCUCCAUUUUGUAUAACCUUUGCGGUUCUCUGGGCAGUUUAUCGCACUCACUCGUUUGGGUGGAUUGGUCAAGAUAUACUUGGAAUUGCACUGAUAAUAACAGUUCUGCAGAUUGUACAUGUACCUAAUCUCAAGGUGGGUACGGUUCUUCUGAGUUGUGCCUUCAUUUAUGACCUCUUUUGGGUGUUUGUCUCGGCGAAGUUUUUCCAGCAAAGCGUGAUGAUCGUGGUAGCCCGAGCUGAUGGAAGUGGUGAAGAUGGUAUCCCAAUGUUACUGAAAUUUCCCCGUAUCUUUGAUCCAUGGGGUGGUUACAGCAUUAUAGGUUUUGGAGACAUACUUUUACCAGGAAUGCUGGUAGCAUUCUCACUCAGAUAUGAUUGGCUGGCGAACAAGAACAUAAGAAAUGGGUACUUCUUGUGGGCAAUAUUUGCAUAUGGCUUUGGUCUUCUAGUUACAUAUGUGGCACUAAAUUUGAUGGAUGGACAUGGCCAGCCAGCACUAUUAUACAUUGUUCCAUUUACCCUUGGGACUUUGCUGACAUUAGGGCGAAAGCGAGGAGAUCUGCAGGUUUUAUGGACAAGAGGAGAACCAGAAAGACCCUGUCCACAUAUCAGACUCCAGCAUAGUGGAGAAGUAAGCCCUGAAUGACAACCUGUUUCAACAUACUCAGCUGCAUGUUUGAUCUUCGAGAAUUGGGAGCAAAACCAAUCUUCGAAAGGCUUUUAGCAUCAGAGGUUUAUGAAACCAAUCCCCUUCAAACAUAGCUGUUGCUCACAUAUAUAGAAAUAGUCUACAUUUGGUGUAGAUAACUGUAGCUGAUACAAAUCUCUAAUUACCUACUGUGUUAUGAGCAGCCUGGUUCGUUCACACUGAUGGCUGCAAAAUAACCAUUAGUUGAUCUUAGAAUCAGCAUAGUUGUAUCAUGGCUGGUGGAUUAUAAGAUGAAUGGCUUUGUACCUUAAACUGUAAUUCAUUCAUCUAUAAGAUUAACAUUUUAGGGGGAAAAUGUAAUGUUUGACCAAGUAACAAGGAAAGUUAGCUGGUUUGUCAA